AUGUCGAAUCAUCAAAACUGGCAUGACCAGCAAGGUCAGUAUUCCGGACCGCCUCAGCCGCGCCACCACGCCAACAUGGAACCGUACCAAGGACCUUCACCCUCGUCCCAGUCAGGCGGCCACGGCGCCAGCAACUAUCCACACGCGCAUCUUCCACCUCCUGUCGGUCGUCAACAGCCCCAGCAGCAGCAAUGGAUGUCCUCAGGUGCAGGAGGCUCCCAAGACUUUGGUGGACCCAGUCCAGGAGCAAACAACAACUCGCGCUCCUCUGGUCCCUACAACACUGGCUUCGACGCAUCUCCUUCCUCCAUGGGCCAUAGCAACAGCCCUAUGCGACAACACGGCACCUCUCCCUACGCACCCCAAUCGUCCUAUGCGCCGCAGCAAUCACACGCACCAUCGGAUCCGCAGAUGCAUCCGGGCGCAAGACAGCACGACUACCAGGGUGGUCACGGUCCAGGCGGCGGCUACCCGCAUCAUUAUCAACACCCACAGUCGCAGUACCAGCAAGGUCAACAGCAGCAGCACCAAGCACCGCCAUCACAGCACCCACACGGACAUUCUUCUCAGCAGCAGCAUUGGAGCAAUAACAACAACAAUGGCAGCAACAAUCUGCCCUCAGUGUUGCAGCCUCAGUCAUUACACCCGCCCCAGGGUCCAGGUGGCAACCGCUCACCUGGUAUAGCAGGUCCGUCAGGCAACCCCAUGGAUCGCGCUUAUGGCGGCAUGAGCGGCAAGCAGGAGGACGACAUGGAUGACGACGACGACUUUGACGGCAAAGGCAAGGGUCGUGGCGCUGAUGGUGCCCAAGUCGCCAACAAGGGCACCAGUGACUUUGUCAAGAAGCUCUUCAGCAUGCUCGACGACAAAGCCUACGAGAGCGUCGUCGCAUGGUCCCCCGCCGGCGACAGCUUCAUCGUCAAGGACAUGAACGAUUUUACCAAACACGUCCUUCCGCGCAACUUUCGACACUCCAACUUCGCCAGCUUUGUCCGUCAGCUCAACAAGUACGACUUUCACAAGGUCAAGAACCCCGAGGAUGGGUCUGGCGCUGUCGGCGAACACGUGUGGGAAUUCCAACAUCCCGAUUUUGUUCGUGGGCGAGAGGAUCUGCUCGAGAAUGUCAAGCGAAAGAUCCCGGCCAAAAAGAAGCCCAAUGCCAAAGGAGGCCUGCUGGAUGGUGACCGCGACGAUAGCCCCUCCAUGGCACCGCCCAUGCUCGAUGUGCAUAGCAAGCUUGCAGAGUCGGACGGCGACCUCCGCAUGCAGGUCGCUCACAUGACAGCGGUGCAGGAGCAGAUGCAGAACCAUAUCCUGGCGCUCACCAAACAGUAUCAGGGCGUCAUCGGAGAGAUGCUCACCUUCCAACGCAACAUGGUUCAGCAGGACCAGCUCAUGCAGAACCUCAUUCAGUACCUCAUGAACCUGGAGCAGGAUCGACGCGUCGAGAUCGGGCCUGAUCAGCCGUCGGCCUCGAGCUUCAUGGCGCAGACGGGUGCUCAUGGCGGCAACCCUGCCAACAGCGGUUCGUUCCUCCCACCACCUGGCGCGCAGGGGUCGUAUGACAAUGCCUCCGCAGGGCAGUUCAUGAACACUAUGCAGCAUCGAGCAGGCGACCCGUCGAACAGCAGCAACCUCCAAGCAGCAUCGCAUUCGGGAGGGCCUUCCGGUCCAUCAGCAGAGACGGGGAGCAACACCACCAACACCGGUUCUUCGACACGCAUGUCCAACAUGACGACGGCGCCGUCGACGGUCGCCCCUCUGUCGCCCAAGAGCGUGGCCUCGCCCCUCGACGGCAACGGCGCCAAGACGCCCGAGAUGUCGCAUCAGCUCAGCAACCCUUUGUCAUCGAUGGCGAUGCACCCUCCGGACAUGGGGCGGCGCGAUUCGAAUUUCUCGUCCUUGCGCAUGUACAACGGCGACAAUCGCAACGGUUCCGGUGCUGGGCCUGGCGGCAUGCCCAAGCUAGAGUCGCGCACGACGUCGUACGACAGUCGGGACGAGGGCGAUGCGACCUCCCAGUCGGCAUCUGUCGAUCCCACCGCCGGUGGUGCAUCCGGAUCCGUCGCGGCCAAGAACCGGGCGAAGUACCUCCGCACACGACGACCCACCCUGGUGCCCGGCUGGACGGCAUCCCCUCGCGUGCUUCUGGUGGACGACGACGAAGUCUGCCGUCGUCUCUCCUCCAAGUUCCUCCAAGUCUUCGGCUGUCAAAUCGACUACGCCGUCGACGGCAUGUCUGCAGUGUCCAAGAUGAACGCCGAAAAGUACGACCUCGUCCUCAUGGACAUUAUCAUGCCGAAUCUCGACGGCAUGUCUGCCACCUCGCUCAUCCGACAAUUCGACCAAAGCACACCGAUUAUCAGUAUGACCUCCAACUCUGGUCCCUCGGAGCUGAUGAACUACAUGUCGAGCGGUAUGACGGAUAUGCUCCCCAAGCCGUUCACGAAGGAAGGACUGUUGGAGAUGUUGCAGAAGCAUUUGGUGCAUCUCAAGGCUGCGCAGAGGGAACAUCGGGCUGCGAGUACGGAUGUGGGUGCACCGACGAUCAAACGCGCCUCGAGUCCUCUACCACCCUCGUCGAACGUGGCGACGGGCGCAACACCGAGCAUGGGCGAGGGGGAUGGUGUUAAUCCGCUAGCCGGGAUGGGUUUCACGGAUGAGGAGUACGUGGCGAUGCUGCAGAACUUGAUUGCGGCCGGGACGGGAGAUGAUGAGUUGGCAAAGGCGCUGUUCGGGAACGACAGCUUUACCCCGUUGAAUGAUACGCCAGGCAGAGUGGCGGAGUAUGGUCCGAGCCCAGGGAACGGAGGUGGAUUCAACAAGCGCGCUCCGCCAAGCGGUGAGGGCGGCGACGGCAAACGCGGACGCUUCGACAUGUGA